AUGGACCUGGUUGGCUUGUCUCAAGCGCUCACGCUUCCGCACAAUCCGGUACAACCGAAUUUCGCAAUCAUUCGUCUACCCCGAGGCACCAAUGUGCCGGCUUUCUAUGCACUGCUUUGUCAAUUUGGGUUUGCUGACGUGAAAUUUUCGAGUCGAGCCGAGGGUUGGCAAGAUGGAGUUGAUGUUGAGACACUCAUUCAACCACAAAGCCACCAAUCGUCGAUCCAAGAAGCACAACCACCAAGAGAGGAAACCCCACCCGCUCCAUCGACUUCAACAAUCACUCCACUGACUGCACCAACCACUUUGCCGCAGGUGUUGAUGCAGUUGAGCAAUAGUGGAUGUGUGAAGAAAGAGACCAUUCAGGCGGACUCACAAACGAUCACACCAAUUAUGCCGGUUCAGACGGAUGAAGAUCUUGCAUCGACUUCGGUUGAAGACAUUGUGAAGACGGUGCUUGGAUUGCAAAAGGCUGCUCAGCAUGCUCGCGUUUCAUCGGGACGUGGAGGAGUUAAUGGGUACACGAGAUGUCAGAAAUGUCAACGAUUGUUGAGCACCACCUCUGGCUCCUUGAUCUCUCAUGCGAUUUCGCAUUAUCCGGUGAAACGAUUCGGAUGCCCAUUGUGUGGGGCACAAUUCUUCAAGAAAAGCAUGUAUCUUGAUCAUGUGAAGAGUGGACAUCCAGAGGAUGGACCUGUUGAAGCGAUUGAUUUGAGAACCGAACGCGGUGCUCCGGGCGACAGUGGAAACGAUGCGAUUCGAUCGGAAUGGCGUCGAGUUGCGACCGAAUGUUUCCCCAAUCAUGCGCAUCUUUUCAAGAGUAAAACUCGAUCGAACUCCAUCGAU